AUGAUAACUUAUUACGGGAAGUAUAUACCAAACCUGUCAUCGGAGAGCGCACCGUUAAAUCGGUUGCGACAGAAUGACGCUGAGUGGGUUUGGGGAGAAAAGGAGCAGAUGGCCAUAGAUAAAAAUAAAAGAAAAAUACUGGUAGACAGUGGAACACUGGCACACUACGACCCUACAGAGCAGAUAGUGCUCGCGACGGACGCGUCGGAUUACGGGCUAGGUGCAGUGAUAUACCACAAGUACCGUGAUGGUACAGAGAAAGUGAUAGCGUACGCAUCUAGAACUCUCACCGGAUCCGAGAAAAAUUAUGCGCAAAUUGAGAAAGAAGCGUUGGGCAUUAUCUAUGGCAUUGAGAAAUUUAACCAGUAUUUUUACGGAAGGAAGUUCCUCCUGUUGACCGAUCAUAAACCGCUCCUAAAGAUUUUCGGUCCGAAGGAAGGAUUGCCGGUGAUUGCAGCAAAAAGACUGCAACGCUGGGCAUUAAAGCUGAUGACAUACAGCUACGAAAUAGAAUACCGAAACACAGAGAAGUUCGGUAACGCUGACGGAUUAUCAAGGUUGCCCAACCCAGACGAGAGAGUGUCUGAAGAUAGUCAGCAGGUAGAAGGCGAAAUACUCGCUCUACACGAAGAAGCCAUAGCAGGUUUACCUGUAACGGCUGAAGAAAUAGCUAAAGAAAUAGCUAAAGAUUCUGCAUUGCAGAAAAUUUUUCCUUAUGUGCAAGGUAGAAAACCGUGGCCAGAGAAGUGCACGGACGAAGCGCUAAAACCUUACUGGAGAGUAAAGGAUUCGUUAACCUUGCACGAAGGAUGUAUGUUAAAAGGUACGCGAGUGAUUAUUCCACAGACCUUGAGAGAAAGGGUAUUAAUGGAUUUGCACAGUACACAUGCAGGAAUAGUGAGAAUGAAAGGUCUUGCUAGGAUGUACAUGUGGUUUCCCGGAAUUGAUGAAAGAAUAGAACGGGAAGCUAAAACUUGUACACAAUGUGCUGAAACCGGGAGAGAAGAAACCCGGGUACCAUUAAAGAUGUGGAGCGUACCAGAGUCACCGUGGCAACGAAUUCACAUAGAUUUUUGUGGGCCAACGGCUGACUAUAUGUGGUUAAUAGCGGUAGAUGCAAAGACAAAAUGGCCCGAAGCAUGGCCCAUGAAAAACUACCACUACGAAAAAAACACCACGGAAUGCUUACGAAGAAUGUUCGCAGUACACGGAUAUCCGGGAGAAAUAGUCUCAGAUAACGGACCACAAUUUACUUCAGAAGAAUUUGAGAAGUUUUUGUGAGAUAAGGGGUAUAAAACAUACAUUAACCCCGCCGUAUAACCCUCAGUCUAAUGGUGAAGCUGAAAGAUUUGUGCAAACUUUUUAAAAAAAGGAUUAGAAAAAAAUGCAUAAAAUCAGGGCGAAAAAGCCUUAGAAGCAGCACCCGAUAUACUAUUAAAAUAUCGGAUAACACCACACCCUGCCACUAUAUGUGGUUAAUAGCGGUAGAUGCAAAGACAAAAUGGCCCGAAGCAUGGCCCAUGAAAACUACCACUACGAAAAACACCACGGAAUGCUUACGAAGAAUGUUCGCAGUACACGGAUAUCCGGGAGAAAUAGUCUCAGAUAACGGACCACAAUUUACUUCAGAAGAAUUUGAGAAGUUUUGUGAGAUAAGGGGUAUAAAACAUACAUUAACCCCGCCGUAUAACCCUCAGUCUAAUGGUGAAGCUGAAAGAUUUGUGCAAACUUUUAAAAAAGGAUUAGAAAAAUGCAUAAAAUCAGGGCGAAAAGCCUUAGAAGCAGCACCCGAUAUACUAUUAAAAAUAUCGGAUAACACCACACCCCUGCCACAGGGAAGUCACCAUGCAUGAUGCUCAUGGGUCGACAAUUACGAUCCAGAUUGGAUUUAGUAGUGCCAAAAGGUAGCUCGGUAAAAUUGAACCAUACACAGGAAAAAUAUGAAAGUGAUGGAAAAAUUACCGUAGAAGAACUACCGAAUACCAUGACAGAAAGGCCAAAUCAAAGGAGUUCCAAAUAGGAGAAAUAGUCUUUGCCCGAAACUACCGAGAAGGAGAGAAAUGGGUAAAAGGGGCUAUUAUAGAAAAGAAAGGAACUCGAUGGUUCGUAAUUGCAGUACCGGGUUUAGGCAGGUGGAAGAGACACUUGAAUCAAAUGAAGAAGUUUGUGUCUAAAAGGGAAGGAGACUCCGGAAAUACCGAAAUAGUAAUAGAAAAGCGUACAGUAGUACAGCAGAAGGAGCCGGUAAUAAAACCGACAUUACCAGUCAGAACGUCUAUCAGGAAAAGACAACCACCAGCCCAUUUAAAAGAUUAUGUGACUACGUUACCUCAAAGCGCGAAAGACAAAGUGAAAAGAGUGCGUUUUGAAAAUGAGAUGAUCCACCACGUAAAAGGGAUCUGGAAUCAUCGAAGUGGAAAUGAGAGUAAAAAGUCGUAGUCAAUCCGCGUGAAGAUGGGAGGUGGAUAAGAAAGGGUAUAAAAGACAUGAUGGAAACAGAUAGACACAAGAAGAUGUCGGACAAACCAUCUCGCAAGAAGAGCAAGCACCACGAAGGACGGCCGCCGGCCGCGAAAAAACCUCGCGAACAAACGCCGCCGGAACAGCACCAAGAAGAGUUACCUUUCGUGCCUACAUACUUAAGACUCCACCGAAUCCAACAAAGUUUGAACAGCUUGAAAGAUCAAAUGGAGGUACGGUCAUUUCCUAAGAUAAAGAUAUCUAAAAGGAAAGGAGUGUUGAAUAUGUGAAUUGAUAGUGAUCAAAUAAUAGAUCACGUGAGAGAUAUCCCAACUAAGAGUAUAAAAGAAGUCGGGAACUCAGAUCAUGAUUGCUCGUACCGCCCACCGUUCGCCUCCAGCUCCUCCGUCGCUUCCAGCCACGGACUAA